CCGGAGCUUCCUGCACUACAAACCAAGCCGAGAGAGAGACUCCCAAAGAGCGCCAUUGCUUUCUCGCUGUCUAGACACACCGGUGCGGCCCCUGCAAAACGCACCCAGCCAUGAGAGCCUCGGCCGCGAGGCUCAUGGCGGCGGCGGCCUCGACGCCGCCGUCGUCAGCCCUGAGGCCGGCGCCCCUGGCGCUGCUGCCGCCGAUCCCGCUGUACCGGCGGCUGCUGAGGGCGCACCGCAAGCACCUGUCGCACGAGAUGCGCGUGCUGGGCGACGAGUACGUCAAGGCCGAGUUCAGGGCGCACCGGAACGUCGACAACCCGGCACAUCUGAUUGGGUUCUUGACCGAGUGGCAGCUGUACGCGCAAACGGUCGAGGGCGACUCCUGGGCCGAGGAGAAGAUCGACCCGGCAAAGAUGCAAAAGCUCAGCGAGGAACAGGUCGGGCAGCUCUACGAGCUCAUGAUGGCCAUAAAGACGAGAAAGAACAGGGGAGGGGAGGGGGAAUAGAUGUAAAAAUAGCAACAGUGUCUGAAUUUAUACCAACGCUAGAAAUGUAAUGUCUUUUUUGGACAUUUGGGUUGUCACUCUAUGCUACGGCUGUAAAUACUACUCACGCAAUAAUCUCAUUUCCUAGGCCCAGAUUUUCACGUUGC